AUGAAUUAUAAAUUUCUUAUGACUGAACUUCAGACAUACGUAGAUCCCCAGAAUGCAGAAGAAACAAUAAAGAUCGAAAUCCUGAGACUUGAACACUUAUACCAGAGUAAAUGGGCGGAGGAAUUUCUCGAAUCAAUCGGUGUGGAAGAUAAGAAGCUCGUAAAUCUUUAUAACGAUGCAUACAGGAAAGCACUGGAAGAAGAUAAUGAUUUUCAGCACAACGUUUCUGGUAUGAUUAAUUUUCCUUAA